CGAAGUUUGUUUGGGUUCCGGAGCAUUUCGGAGCGGAUUUUGCGUUUUAAAAGAAUAUAUUUCGCUAUCACAAGAUGUCUGAAACGGCUGCCCGGCUGCAGAGCCAGAACGAGGAGAUGGUGAAGAGCCUUGAAACGCUGCGCGAACAACGGAGGAAACUCGAGGAACGGAUCACCUCUCAGGAGCGUCAACGACAAAAAAUCCGGAAGGACAUCGAGGAUCUGCAACGAACACUGGCCGAACUGGAUGGAUCGAUUGCAGGGGACGAGCGUAGACUGGGCGAAUGCACGAAAUGUUUAACAGAAACAGAAAACGGAUACAGCAAGGUGGUGGAGACGCUGGAGUUGCUGCUGCUGUCCGCCAAGGAAAAAAGUUCCAGCAUAAAGAAGGAAUAA